AUGGAAAAGCUGAAAUCGGCACAGAAGGUUUUACGCAGCUCGUUUACAAAGGCGUAUAACGCUUUUCAAAUUGAGACAAAGAAGUCGUCACCGGACUUAACCAAGUUACAGACACAGUUUGCAUUAAUACGAGAUAAAGCAAGCGAACUCGGUGAAUUGAGUCACAAGAUACAAGAUGCGAUGCUUGACGCUGAUGAAGAAGAAGAAAUUCUUAUUAAAGAAGUAGAGAACGCUGACGAAUAUACGGCCAAAUAUCAUCAGACAAAGAUCGAGCUGAGUGACCUUGUGGAAGCAGGGCCGUCGCAGAUGCCAGUUCCCCAGCCAAUAAUAAUAACUUCUCAGGAAAGUAUUCGUGUGCUAAAGCUUCCUAAGAUCGAAUUGAGGAAAUUCGGGGGCGAAAUUAAAGACUGGCUCUCAUUUUGGAGCACAUUUCGAAAGAUUCACGAAGACGCGACGUUAUCAAGGGAAGACAAAUUUCACUAUCUUUUACAAUCUACAGUUAAAGAUUCGCGCGCGUUCGAGGUAGUCAAUAGUUUCCCCCCUACCGCGGAUAACUAUGAGAAGGCCGUCAAGAGUCUUAAAUCUCGUUUCGGUAAAAAAGACUUGCUUAUAGAAUUUUAUGUACGAGAGCUUUUAAAAUUAGUUUUGAACAAGAGCAAGAACAUCUCGCUGAUUUCAAUCUAUGAUAAAUUAGAGACACAUUUGCGAGCGCUCGAGUCACUAGGCGUAACUACAGACAUGUGUGCUGCGAUGUUAUUCCCAUUGGUUGAAUCCUCGCUGCCAGAAGAAAUUCUGCGAACCUGGCAGCGGGCAAUGGCUACAAUGAAUGUUUCGAUUACGAAUGUUACUGCCAAAGAUCGUCUCAUGCAUUUGAUGGCAUUUUUAGGUAAAGAGGUGGAGAGCGAAGAACACAUCCAUAUGGCCAAGACGUGUUUUGAGACAAAUGACGAUUCGACGAAGAGCAAGGAUAAAAAGAAAUUAAAAGGCGAUCGAAAUCAAGAUAUCGUUACGGCAGCCGGACUGUUAACGGUGAAAGAAACAAGUACGCUGAAAUGUUUGUUCUGCGAAGAGCCUCAUGAUAGUCUACAUUGCGGAAAGGCCAGGAGCAUGUCUGUGGAACAGCGAAUCACUUUAAUUAAGAAUAAGCAUGGUUGUUUUAAAUGUCUGCGGACAGGACACAGUUAUAUAAAAUGUCGUAGCAAAGGAAAAUGCGCAUGGUGUGGAAAAGGACACUGUUUGCUGUUGUGUAAGAAUAUUAUCACUAGCGACAAAAAAGCGGAUAAAGGCACUGAGAAAGAACAAAGUGAGUCAGUCUUUAACGAAGUAAGUAGUGGACUUGCCAAUAUUUCUUUAGACGCUAAAGUAUUUUUACCGAUGUUAAAAGUUAAAUUGCGAGUUCUAAAGGUACAGUAA